CCUGGAAUCAGAAUCCGCCAUGGGAAUACCCCCUCCACCUCCCUUAUUUACUGCACCCAACCUUUCCCUUCGCACCUCGCACUCCCUCCGCCUUCUCUCUCUCCUUCCCUCACUCUUCGCCCGCGAACUCGAUCGAUCCCGACCUCUCCGAUGGCUCUCCGUACGAUCGUAUCCAGGAAAACCCUGGCCGCGCUCGGCUCGGGCCUCCGGGCCGAGGCUAGACUCGCCGCCUCUCGCGGCCUCGUGACCUUCUCGCUUCCCGAUCUUCCCUACGACUACGGCGCUCUGGAGCCGGCCAUCAGCGCCGAGAUUAUGCAGCUGCACCACCAGAAGCACCACCAGACCUACGUGACGAACUACAACAAGGCCCUGGAGCAGCUGGAGGACGCCAUGGCCAAGGGCGAUGCUCUGGCGGUCGUGAAGUUGCAGAGCGCCAUCAAGUUCAACGGCGGAGGUCACAUCAACCACUCAAUUUUCUGGAAAAAUCUUAGUCCUAUUCGUGAAGGAGGUGGGGAGCCACCAAAAGGUUCACUAGGUUGGGCCAUUGACACAGAUUUGGGCUCUAUGGAAGCACUUGUACAGAGAAUGAAUGCAGAAGGUGCUGCCUUACAGGGCUCCGGAUGGGUGUGGCUUGGUCUGGAUAAGGAUUUCAAGAAACUCGUGGUGGAAACAACUGCAAAUCAGGAUCCACUGGUAACCAAAGGAGCCAAUCUAGUUCCUUUAAUUGGUAUAGAUGUAUGGGAGCAUGCAUACUAUCUGCAGUACAAGAAUGUGAAGCCCGAUUAUCUGAAGAACAUAUGGAAAGUAAUUAACUGGAAAUACGCCAGUGAAGUGUACGAGAAAGAAUGCCAUUGAGCGGCGGAAAGUCGGACUCAACAUACAGUCUUGUCGCAAGAAUGGAAUAAGCUCAUGUACAUGUACAGCUAGGGAAAUCCAGCGAGGUGUUAUAGCUACUGUUGUAUCUCAUAUUCACAUCAUGAGUGAAAGGUGCUGAAUAAAACUUGAGUUUUUUCAGCCUUUUUGUUCGUCUCUUUAGUUGC